AUGGCACAGCUCGGGGAGCCCAUGGGAGCCUGGCUUGCCCUGGCCCUGGCCCUGGCUCUGGGCCUGAGUCCCAGCGGCGCAGCGGCCCCGGGGCAGGACUGCACGGGCGUCGAGUGCCCCCCGCUGGAGAACUGCAUCGAGGACACGCUGGAGCCGGGGGCCUGCUGCGCCACGUGCGUGCAGCAGGGCUGUGCCUGCGAGGGCUACCAGUACUACGACUGCCUGCAGGGCGGCUUCGUGCGCGGCCGUGUGCCCGCCGGCCAGUCCUACUUCGUGGACUUCGGCAGCACUGAGUGCUCCUGCCCUCCAGGUGGUGGCAAGAUCAGCUGCCAGUUCAUGCCCUGCCCAGAGCUGCCACCCAACUGCAUCGAGGCCGUGGUGGUGGCCGACAGCUGCCCGCAGUGCGGCCAGGUGGGCUGUGUCCGCUCCGGCCGCAAGUACGCCGCCGGCCACACCGUCCGCCUGGCGCCUUGCCGGGCCUGCCACUGCCCCGACACGGGCGGCGAGCUCAUCUGCUACCCGCUGCCCGGCUGCCAUGGAGACGCCGUCCCCGGAAACGCCUCAGACGCCGAGGAGGGGGACCCUGAGCGGCACUACGAGGAUCCCUACAGCUACGACCAGGAGGUGGCCGAGGCAGAGGCCCUGGCGGGCGAGCUCCAGGCGGGAGCUGGAGGCCCGGCCGCUCUGGGAGGCGGGGCUCAGCCGCCUUCGGCUCUCCAGGCCACCCCCUGGACGGCUGCCCUCCCCAGGCCCACGGCGGCCGCCGCCCUGGGUCCCCCGGCCCCCAUGCAGGCCAAAGCCAGGAGAGUGACAGAGGAUGGUCAGGAGGACGGGGAGGCACCGGCCGUCUGGGAGCAGCUGGCCGCAGGCGGCCCCCGGGGGCUGGACGGACGGCCCACGGCAGGCCCGAUCCCGGGUCACCCUGUCCGGGAGGAGGGGGCCGAGGCCAGGGCCGGGGUGGAAGAGAACCUCAUCCCCGACGUGCAGGUCACGCACCGCAGCGCCGGGCCCCCUCCCACGUUCAGCGUGCCCGACAUCCUCCCGACCGAGACCACACAGGGCCCCCCCGAGGGCCCCACGGAGCCCAGUGCUCAUGCCGCCCUGACCACACAUCACCAGGAGACAGCCCGCACCUCGCCCACCCAGGAAGUGCCCAAGCAGCCGGCCGGGCCCCGGUCCCGGCUGGAGGAGGAGGAGGAGGAGGACCCCAACUCCGUGCACUCUGUCCCGAGAGGCGGCCUGGAAGUGUCCACGAAGGACCUGAUCGAGACGUGCUGCGCGGCCGGGCAGCAGUGGGCCAUUGACAACGAUGAGUGCCUGGACAUCCCCGAGAGUGGCGCCGAGGGUGACGUGUGCAGGACGGCCCAGAAGCACUGCUGCGUGUCCUACUUGAAGGAGAAGAGCUGCAUGGCCGGCGUGUUGGGCGCCAAGGAGGGCGAGGCCUGCGGGGAUGAGGACAACGACACCUGCGGCGUCUCCUUGUACAAGCAAUGCUGUGACUGCUGCGGCCUGGGGCUCCGCGUGCGGGCUGAGGGCCAGUCGUGCGAGUCCAACCCUAACCUCGGCUACCCCUGCAACCACGUCAUGCUUUCCUGCUGUGAGGGUGAAGACCCCCUCAUUGUGCCCGAGGUCCGCCGGCCUCCAGAGCCCGAGGCCGUGCCACGGAGAGUUUCAGAGGCAGAGUUGGCGAGCCGGGAGGCCCUGUCGCUGGGCGCAGAGACCGAGCUGCCCAACAGCCUGCCGGGCGACGAUCAGGACGAGUGCCUGCUGCUCCCCGGGGAGCUGUGCCAACACCUGUGCAUCAACACCGUGGGCUCCUACCGCUGCGCCUGCUUCCCUGGCUUCUUGCUGCAGGAUGACGGCCGCACCUGCCGCCCAGAUGGCGGUGCCCCCAAGCCGGAGGCCGCCGAGGAGUCUGCACAGAGGCCCGAGUCCCCCCAGGUGGCCCCCAACACCAUCGCGCUGCCCGUGCCCCAGCCCAACACCUGCGAAGACAACGGGCCCUGCCAGCAGCUCUGCAGGGUGGUUGGGGACGCCGCCAUGUGCUCCUGCCUGCCCGGCUACGCCAUCAUGGCGGACGGAGUGUCCUGCGAAGACCAAGACGAGUGCCUGCUGGGCGCUCACGAUUGUAACCGGAGACAGUUCUGUGUGAACACCCUGGGAUCCUUCUACUGUGUCAACCACACAGUGCUCUGUGCCGAGGGCUUUAUCCUCAACGCACACAGGAAGUGCGUGGACAUCAACGAGUGCGUGACAGACCUGCACACGUGCAGCCGCCGCGAGCACUGCGUGAACACGGUGGGCUCCUUUCACUGCUACAAGGCGCUGACCUGCGAGCCGGGCUACAGGCUCCAGGAUGGCGAGUGCACAGACGUGGACGAGUGUGAGCUGGGCACGCACAGCUGCCAAGCCGGCGCCGUGUGCCACAACACCAAGGGCUCCUUUUACUGCCAGGCUCGGCAGCGCUGCCUGGAGGGCUUCCUGCAGGACCCCGAGGGCAACUGCGUUGACAUCAACGAGUGCACGUCUCUCUCCGAGCCGUGUCGGCCCGGCUUCAGCUGCAUCAACACGGUGGGCUCCUACACGUGCCAGCGGAACCCGGUGAUCUGUGGGCGCGGCUACCAUGCCAGCCAGGACGGGACCAAGUGUGUGGACGUGAACGAGUGUGAGACGGGCGUGCACCGCUGCGGCGAGGGCCAGGUGUGCCACAAUCUCCCCGGCUCCUACCGCUGCGACUGCAAGCCUGGCUUCCAGCGGGACGCCUUCGGCCGUGCCUGCAUCGACGUGAACGAGUGCUGGACGUCGCCCACGCGGCUCUGCCAGCACACAUGCGAGAACACUCUGGGCUCCUACCGCUGCUCCUGCGCCUCCGGCUUCCUGCUGGCAGCUGACGGCAAGCACUGUGAAGACGUGAACGAGUGUGAGGCCCGGCGCUGCAGCCAGGAGUGCGCCAACAUCUACGGCUCCUACCACUGCUACUGCCGGCAGGGCUACCAGCUGGCCGAGGAUGGGCACACCUGCACAGACAUUGAUGAGUGCGCCCAGGGCGCCGGCAUCCUCUGCACCUUCCGCUGCAUCAACGUGCCGGGGAGCUACCAGUGCGCGUGCCCGGAGCGUGGCUACACCAUGACGGCCAACGGCAGGUCCUGCAAGGACCUGGACGAGUGCGCGCUGGGCACCCACAACUGCUCCGAGGCUGAGACCUGCCAUAACAUCCAGGGCGGCUUCCGCUGCCUGCGCUUCGACUGUCCUCCGAACUACGUCCGAGUCUCCGAAACGAAAUGCGAGCGCGCGCUGUGCCACGACUUCCUGGAGUGCCAGAACGCGCCCGCGCGCAUCACGCACUACCGGCUCAACUUCCAGACCGGGCUGCUGGUGCCCGCGCACAUCUUCCGGAUCAGCCCGGUGCCCGCCAUCGCCGGCGACACCAUCGCGCUGACCAUCACCAAAGGCAACGAGGAGGGCUACUUCGGCACGCGCCGCCUCAACGCCUACACGGGCGUGGUCUUCCUGCAGCGCACCGUGCGCCAGCCACGCGACUUCGCGCUGGAUGUGGAGAUGAAGCUCUGGCGGCAGGGCUCCGUCACCACCUUCCUGGCCAAGAUGCACAUCUUCUUCACCGCCUUUGCCCUGUGA